UCGUUUCCCUUUUCAUUAGCAAUCUCCCAACACCAUCAUCACCACUGUCUGCCGCUAUCUCCACCCCCAACCUCCUCCACACCUCUCUCUCUCUCUCUCUCUCUCUCUCUCUGUGAAAGCAAGACUACUAGCAUCACCACCAGAACCUCCCUUAAUGACCUCUCACUGUUUCCCUCUUAAUCUCUGUGUGUGCGAGUCUUAGUCCUUCCAGAACAAGGAAAACGCCACCAACUUCACCACCAGACUCUCUCUGUCUCUAUCUCUUUCUCUCUGAGACGAUGAAACCAGAAGGAGUGAUACUGCAAAGGAACAGCAGCAGUUGCAGAAGCAGCCGAAAGAUCCUCCCAGCAAACUAUGUGAGAUCAACACCACUCCUGCCCAACACCGACGGCGCAUCAGAGGGGCCGGUUGUCCAGAAAUACAGCUGCGCCACCGCAUCGUUUACUCGCCCCAACAAACCAAGAAACGUCGCAGUGAUCAUCCGUUCACUCCUCGGCCUCAUCUCACUUCCUUCCAUACUCCCCACCUCCACGUGUCGGUGGCUCAGCAUCCCGUCCCGUUUCUCUCCGGCACCUUCACUCGGCCGUAAAGUCACCGGCACCCUCUUCGGAAACAGGAAAGGUCAUGUCAGCUUCGUGGUUCAAGAAGAUCCACGGUCGGAACCGGUGUUACUACUGGAGCUAGCCAUGUCCACGUCGGCAUUAGUGAAGGAGAUGUCGUCGGGGCUCGUCAGGAUCGCUCUCGAAUGCGAGAAGGGCUCCACCGGUAACCGGUCGUCGGUGAAGCUCUUCCAAGAGCCCAUGUGGACCAUGUACUGUAAUGGGAGGAAGUGUGGCUACGCCGUGUCUCGCACGUGUGGGGAACCGGAUUGGCACGUGCUGAGUACCGUACAGACGGUGUCGAUCGGUGCAGGUGUGAUUCCGGUGGAUAAGAUUAGGAUUGGUAAAGGGAGUGUUUGGGAAGGAGAGCUUAUGUAUAUGAGGGCAAGGUUUGAACGAGUCGUGGGGAAUCGUGACUCGGAAGCUUUUUAUAUGAUGAACCCGGAUGGAACCGGUGGGCCUGAACUCAGCAUCUUCCUCCUUAGAAUCUGAGAGUACUGAAACAAAGUGAUUCUAGCUCCUCCAAUUGUGUUCAAAGUUCAAAACUAUUACAAACCAAACGAGUCGACUCGGGCAUGAACAUGACUCAGUAUGUGACUCUGUAAUUUUUAAAGUUGUAUUUCCAAAUCUGUAUAAUCUGCUUUGAAUAGAAACGUCUAUUAUUAAUCAAA